CCACUCGCUGCAUUGUUGGAAAUGUGCAUUGUUUUUUGACAUAAUAUAAAACCUCUCUCUCUCUCUCUCUCUCUCUCUCUCUCUCUCUCUCUCUCUCUCUCUCUCUCUCCUGCCUUCUUGGCCGGGGGCACAUACCAGGUCCCAAUGUUUUUCACGUUGGACAAUUAGGCAAGAGCAGCAUGCGGCCACCGAAACCGCGCAUGCAUGCCUACACGACUUUCAAACACCAGCCGACGCCUAUGCCCUGCUGUCUCGACGACACCAUUAAGCUGCUGAAAAAAUCAGCUGACACUAGAAAUUUAAAGUUCGGUAAAUUAAUCCAUGCCCAGUUGAUCAUUAGUAGUAAACCCAGUGAAGCAGAUAGCAUAAUUCAAACAAACUCUCUGAUCAAUUUGUAUGCGAAGUGCGAUCAAAUUGCAGUUGCCCGUCAACUAUUUGAUGGAAUGCCUCAACGGAAUGUUGUUUCUUGGAGCACCUUGAUGGCGGGGUACUUUUACUGUGGAUUGACUACGGAAGUCAUUGGGUUGUUCAAGGCUAUGGUUUGGGUGGAUCAUUUGUCUCCGAAUGAAUAUGUUCUUGCCACUGUUCUUUCUUCUUGUGCGAAUGGUGGAAGAGUUGAUGAAGGCCGGCAACUUCAUGGGCACGUGGUGAAGUCUGGAUUAUUAUUUCAUCAGUAUGUGAAGAAUGCACUUAUUUAUAUGUACUCGAGGAGUUCGGAUGUUGAGGGGGCCGUGUGGGUUUUGAAUGCUGUGCCUGGAAUGGAUAUUUUUUCAUAUAAUUCAAUCAUGGAUGCAUUUUUAGAACAUGGGUAUCUGAGGGAAGCAUGUGAGAUUUUGAGUAGAAUGGUGAGUGAGAGUGUGGCAUGGGACAACGUCACUUAUGUUUCUGUCUUUGGCCUCUGUGCUUGUCUCAAAGAUUUGAAUUUGGGUUUGCAAGUUCACAGCCGGAUGGUGAAGAUGAUUGUUGGUUCUGAUGUCUACGUUGGCAGCUCGGUUAUAGACAUGUAUGGGAGAUGUGGUAAGCUUUUGAGUGCAAGGAAAAUUUUUGUGGGAUUGCGAACUAAAAAUGUGGUUUCAUGGACGGCAAUCUUGGCUGCUUACUUUCAAAAUGGGUGCUUUGAGGAAGCAUUGAACCUAUUCUUUGAAAUGGAAUUGGAGGAUGUUCUACCCAAUGAGUAUACUUUUGCUGUACUGCUUAACUCUGGUGCGGGUAUGUCAGCACUGAGGCUUGGGGAUCUAUUGCAUGCACGUGUCAGGAAGUCAGGUUUUAAGGACCAUGUUAUUGUUGGAAAUGCCUUGAUCAAUAUGUACUCAAAAAGUGGGAACAUUGAGGCUGCAUGUAAAUUGUUUUCAGAUAUGUUUUAUCGGGACUCCAUUACCUGGAACACAAUGAUAUCUGGAUUCUCCCACCACGGGCUCGGUGAGGAAGCUCUUAAUGUGUUUCAAGACAUGCUAGCUUCUGGAGUACAUCCUAACUAUAUAACUUUUGUUGGAGUUCUCUCUGCUUGUAGUCAUUUGGGUCGAGUGCAAGAAGGGUUCUACUAUUUGAACCAGUUAAUGAAACAAAUGGGCAUUGAACCUGGAUUGGAGCACCAUACUUGCAUUGUUUGUCUUUUAGGCAAGGCUGGACUACUUGAUGAAGCUGAAAAUUUCAUGAGGCGUACUCCUGUGAAAUGGGAUGCCAUUGCCUGGCGUAGUUUGCUCAGUGCUUGUCAUGUCCAUCGGAAUUAUGGUUUAGGAAGGCGAGUUGCAGACUUCAUCUUACAAGUUGAUCCUGAUGAUGUAGGAACCUAUAUUUUGUUAUCUAACAUGUAUGCGAAGGCAAAAAGGUGGGAUGGAGUUGUGAAAAUGCGGAAAUUGAUGAGAGAAAGGAACAUCAAGAAAGAACCCGGAGUGAGCUGGAUAGAGGUAAGAAACAAGACCCAUGUGUUUGUUUCAGAAGACAAUAAACACCCAGAGUCUAGUCAGAUUUAUGAGAAGGUAAGGAAACUCUUAGCUAAGGCAAGACCUCUGGGCUAUGUGCCAGAUAUUGCUGCUGUCCUACAUGAUGUGGAAGAUGAACAGAAGGAAGAUUACCUUGUUUAUCACAGUGAAAAGCUGGCCAUAGCAUAUGGCAUCAUGAAAACACCUUCAGCUGCUCCUAUACGUGUCAUUAAGAACCUUAGGAUGUGUGAUGAUUGUCAUUCCGCUGCAAAAUAUAUCUCAGUAGUCACAAACAGGGUGAUCAUUGUUAGAGAUGCAAACCGUUUCCAUAGUUUUCAAGAUGGACGCUGUACCUGUGCUGAUUACUGGUGACAAUUUCAAUGAACUUCUCAAAGGGAAAUUUGAGCAAAGGUUGCAUAUUGUAGAACACAGAGGUGACUCCCACCAAAUAGCAUCAAGGGUACACUACCCAGAAGGCUGAAACUGCGUAUAGAAAGCCUUCUAUCAGGUUUAUUAUCCUGUCAUUUCAAAUCAACUAACCUGGCUGAAACUGAGUGUAGAUCUUAAUCAAGCCAUUUCAAUGGUUUCAUAGUAUGCUUCAUCUUCAGGACUCACACUGGUUUGCUGUAAAACAGUUUAUAUUCAACAUUUCAGCAAACACGAAAUUGUCAAUGUUAAUAGUCCAGGGGAUGUUUGAAAAUUUUUUGUGGUGACCAUUUGAGGGUGUAUAAGCAGGUGAUGUAAGCAUAGAUAAAAUUCACUUGGUGGCAAGAAGCUAUUACCCUUUCUGUUAUUUUUUAUCACAUGAAAGAAAUUCAUGCAUCAUUUGGCUGCUA